ACUCGUUUGUUACUCUGAAUACGCUGUAACGGUCAUCAGCUGGUCGUGGAUUUAUUUUGGGAUAUUUUGCAUUUGAAUCGCGUACCUAGGCCGAGACGAGAUUCUUUCCUCACUUCUAGUUGGCUCGUAGAUUGUUGAUCGAUCGACAAGGUGCUGUGGGGUGCCAAGAUUUCAGUUCACCCUCCGAGAAUACAGUGAAAAGUGGAUGUUUCAAGUGCAGAUGCGAGGAAUCUGCAAUAAGUGCUAGCACUCGUGGAUAAGAUUCUUUUGAAGGAAUAUCGGGGAUGGUGGUGAUCUUCGCAUUGAUCUUGCAUUGUCAUCCUUGAAGGACCCAAAUUACUAGAGUAGUACUAUGUAAACUGUGAGAAGUGGAAGUUGACAGUGCGUGUGUGGUAUUGUUGGAGUCUGAGUGAAAAUCGAAUUGAUCGAACCACAAUCAGUUUCCGUGUUUAUGUAAUUUGGUCAACGUCCUCGCCGAUUUCCUGGGUAAACAAUUGGAUUGCGAUUGCGCCAAACUGUCGACGAAAUAAAACAUGGAUUUUGACAGGAUCCUGGAAAAAUGUGGCGACUUCAAUCGCUUUCAGUUCCUCCUUUUGGCUCUUUUUGGGGUGAUCAAUUUGCUGGUGUCAAUGCAUUACUUUACUCAGACAAUCAUCAGCUUCGUUCCGAAUCAUUGGUGUUAUCACGAGAAGCUGGCCAACAAAUCGAUGCUGGAAAUUAAACAAAUUUACUCUCAAUUCGAGAAUCCAUCGUGCACCAGACUGGCCGAUAUCGAUGGCUACAACGUCACAGUCAGCGAUGAGCUCUGCGACAGGUGGAUCUACGACUAUGACUAUGGCUACAAGAGCAUGAAUACUGAGCUGAAUUGGGUGUGUGAAUCUGCGUACAAAGCUCGUAUCGGGCAAUCUAUGUUUUUUGUUGGAUCCGUUGUUGGAACCCUUUUUUAUGGCCUACUAUCCGAUAAAAUUGGACGCUUACCGGCCUUAAUCAUAUCGAAUUUAGUGGGCUUUUUGGGAGAUUUUUCCACUAUAUUUACGUCGACUGUGCCGCUCUUUUCGCUGUGUCGAUUCAUUUCAGGACUUGCAGCUGACACCAACUUUUAUCUGAUGUAUAUCAUUGUUUUGGAGUAUAUUCGACCGUCUAUGCGUACUCUUGGCUUGAAUUUGGGAGUUGGAUUGUUCUACUGUUUGGGGCUCGUAUUCACACCCUGGAUUGCUGUCGUGGCCGGCCACUGGCAGUAUUUUCUGGCGACUACGUCGAUUCCACUCCUUUCUGUAAUUCUAUUCUACUUUAUGGUCCAAGAAAGCGCUCAGUGGCUGGUUACGCAGAAUGACAUCGAGGGAGCGAUAAAGCGCUUGAAGCGAGUGGCCAAGUUCAACGGAAAGACAGUGUCCGAUGAUGACUUCGAGGAGUUCCGAAACUACUGUGAGAAGAACAAACGGAAGAGUGAAGAGAAGUCGAACAUGCUGGACAUGUUCCGGACGCCGAGGUUAAGAAAGCAUACGCUCAUCCUGUUUUUCAAGUCAAUGGUCAUAACUCUUUGCUACGAUGCAGUCUCCCGAAACGUGGAAGGAAUGGGAUUGUCGCCGUUUGUUAUGUUCUCGCUUAGCUCGUUGGCUGUGCUACCCUCGAGCGUCCUGUUGAUUUUGCUCCAGGAUCGAAUCGGCCGUAAAGGCAUGGCAUCAGGUUCGCUUCUUGUUGGUGGCAUUUUCACAACAGCUGCCGGCAUAACUAUCGCCUAUCAAAAGGAAAAUCAUAACGCGUUAGUCCUGGCAACUUUAACGAUUAUUGCUCGAUUCGGUGUAGCCAUUUCGUACGAGUCAGGAUCUCAGUAUGCAACCGAGCUGAUUCCAACUUGCGUGCGGGGACAAGGUGUCGCAGCUGUGCACGUAGCAGGCUUUGCUGUAUCCUUCCUCAGCUCCUACAUUUUGUAUUUGGGCACAUUUUUCAAGGCGAUUCCGUCGCUAAUCCUGGGAGCGCUUUUCUUUUCCGGUGCCUUUUUGUGUCUAAUGUUGCCGGAAACUUUGAAUAAGGCAUUACCAAAAACGCUGGAGGAAGGCGAACAAUUCGGCAAAGGAGAGCGAAUGUUCGAUUUCCCGUGCAUUCCCAACAGGCGGAAUUCGACAAGUUCAAAGACUGAACAACAAACUCCAGACGUUAUCGAUAGUAGAUUGUAAUUUGAUUGUAAUAUGUUAGUGUGUGUGUAUGUAGCUAGUUAGGUGUACAAAGAUUUCUAAGACUAUAUGCUUCGUGUAAGGUUAAAAUGAAAGCUGUGCGCUUUCUAUUAAAGAGACAAUAAGUACA